AUGUCUUUUUUCUUUCUUUCUUUCUUUCUUUCUUUCUUUCUUUCUUUCUUUCUUUCUUCAAUCUCAUUCCGAAGCUAUCUUUUUUUCUUUUUAUACUUGCUCCUUCUUUCUUUUUUUAAAUAUGCAUUAUUCAUUUUAAAUUUUUUUCUCUUUUUCUCUUUCAUUCUUGAUCCUCUUUCUUUUUCUUUCUUUCUUUCUUUCUUUCUUUCUUUCUCAGUACUUUUCUCUUUUUUACUCUUUUUUUUUUUUUUUAUACUUGCUCCUUCUUUCUUUUUUAAAUAUACAUUAUUCAUUUUAAUUUUUUUUCUCUUUUUCUCUUUCAUUCUUGAUCCUCUUUCUUUUUCUUUCUUUCUUUCUUUCUUUCUUUCUUUUCUUUCUUUCUUUUUUUUCUCAGUACUUUUCUCUUUUUUUUUCAUAUUACCUAUAAAUUUCUUUCUUUCUUUUUUCUUUCUCUUUACUUCUCUUUUUCUUUCUUUCUUUCUUUCUUUCUUUCGCUGUUCUUUUUACAGUUUUACUUCUAAAUGUCUUUAUUUUUCUUUCUUUGUUUUGUCAUCUUAA